GAGCAAACCACUGAGCAUCCAGGGAGUGGCGAGAUGGAAGGAGAGGAAGGAGUGUGUGUGAGUGGUGUUGAUCCCGAAUCGCUAAUAAGCUUAGGGAUAAAGAAGCAAGGACCAGCUUCAUUUGGUGGGGCAGCAGCUGAGAACUUCCCUGCGUGUUCUGACAGUAAGCAGCAACCUGCUGGAGCUGUUACCUCGACAGGCGAUGCACAGAAGAGGGACUUAGAAGACGCUGCUACCGCAGACGGAAAUAACUUAAUUACAGAGUGUAACACAGAACCAGUUUCAUCUGAAGAGGAUGUAAACCUUCCUACUGAACAGUGCCAGGAUCCUAAGGCAAAUGAGCAGGAGAAAAGUGAGUACAGUGAUGCAGACGUUGCCAAGAGCAUCUCUGACAUGGCAGCAUCAACACUUGUCCCGGGAGGAUCUGACAAUCAUGAAAAAUUGCCAGGCAAUUUUAAUGCAUCACCUGGGGGAAAUCAGGAGACACACGUUCACAGCAGUUUCAUGCAUGACAGUAAGUCUCAGAAUGAUGUGCAGGUGAUACAGGAUGAUCCGGUGAAUAGGAAAUGCUUGGAAACGUUGGAAAAUCAGCAAGAUGCACAGCAAGAAGAGAAAGGGACCGUACGUGGGUUAAUAGAUUACUUAAAAACUGAAGUAAGCCGGGAUGAUUGCUUGCAAACUGACUCUACAGUAGAAUCUAGUAAUAUGACUGAGGGAGAUGUAAAAGAGAACAGUGACAUGGUGUUAAGCACAACAAAGUCAGGUAACAUAAAAACUGAAGACAUCCCCGAAACAGGUACUGCAAGGAUGUUAGUCACUGGUGAAGGUGACUUGGCUAUAAACACGAGCAUUGAAGAGCAGGACACAGACCUGUACAAAAAUCAUUCACCAACCACUCCUGUGAUGGAGCAUUCUGCACAUACAGAUCUCACUGAUGCUGAAAAUCAGCCCAGCAGGAUGAAUCCAGAAGAUGAAAGCUCACUUCAGGAAAGAAAGCCAUCCCCGCUUGCCUUAACUGAGCCUAAGAACCUUGACCUCACUGAACUGCAAGACAUGGCUGUGGCAGGAUUACCUACUGAAAGCCCUCCUGGGCCAGGUGAUGCUAUACAGUUGGCCUCUCCCCUUGAUCCUUCUGAGCAACCCUUACCUGUUACUACAGCAUGUGGAAAUGUUGAGCCCCUGGAUGCUGCUGAGCUGACUGCAGCAAGCACUUCCAAGCCUGAUAGCUGCAGAGAAGUUGAUAACCUUGUGUCUGAGGAUGUACCUUUGCCUGCAGCCCCUGGUGAUGGUGUAGAACUGCCUGCUGAAGAAACCAAAGGUUUCACAACGGAAAAAAAAAGGAGCUCUGACUCCGAAGAAGCAUUUGAGACCCCGGAGUCCACUACACCGGUAAAGGCACCACCGUCACCUCCACAGCCACCCCCUGAAGCAGCGGCGGCGGCGGCAGCAGUUGUAGCCGACAUAGCAGAACAAGAGAUCAAACCUCAGCUGCCCUUGGACGAUACAGGAUCAUGUUCAGAAGCUGUACCUGUAACUGAUGUGUCACACAGCGAAUCAGUUGAAGAAAGCCCUUUCCGUCCCCCUUCCCACUCUUUUUCCACCGUCUUCGAUGAGGACAAGCCAAUAGCCAGCAGUGGAACUUACAACUUGGACUUCGAUAACAUUGAGUUGGUUGAUUCUCUACAUGCCUUAGGACCAAGCUCUCCAGAAUCAAAGAAUCGUGACCCCAAAGCAAAUGUGCGAAGAAAAUCUACUGAUUCACUCCCAGUUUCCAAAUCUACGUUGUCUCGAUCUCUUAGCUUACAAGCUAGUGAUUUUGAUGGAGCAUCUUAUCUUGGCAACAGUGAGACAUUAGCGCCGGCAGCAGAUGUUUACGGUACUGGUUCAAGCAGUGCUUCUAGUACCCUUAAGAGAACAAAGAAAUCCAGACCAGCUUCCUUAAAAAAGAAGCAGCCAGCCAAAAAACCUCUGGAUGCUCCACUGGUGAAGGAAACACCACAAGAACCGCCUGACCUUGGCCAAGCUGACUGCGACCCAGGUGAGGAUAAAGCAGCAUCUGAAGCUAAGGCUGAGUCGGUAAGGCCUGAAUGUACUGAACCUUCUAAAAUCUCUGCUGAGAAACAGGAGGCCCCGCCUGUGCCUGAAGGAUCCCAUCCAUUGGAUCCAGACAGUUUGGAAGGGAUUAGUGCAUUUAGCACUGGAGGCAGCAAGGUACAAAACUCUCCUCCUGCCAAUAAGAAAACACUACCUCUUACGACGGCACCGGAGGCUGGGGAGGUGACUCCACCUGAUACUGGAGGACAAGAAGACCCUCCGGUCAAAGGUGUUGCCGUGAGGCUGGAGUUUGAUUACUCUGAAGAGAAAGGGGUGAGUGAAGACCAGCAGGAGAGUACUCCUCCUCCCAAAAAAGCAGGUAAAAAGCCUGGUGCUAAAAUGCCGCUAAGGAGGCCAAAGACUAAAAAGUCAGUGGAAAAGCUUGACAAUGCUCCUACGACACCGACCAAGUCACCCACUGAUCCAAAUGAAAUCCCUAUCACAAAAGGCUCUUACACUUUUGAUAUUGACAAGUGGGAUGAUCCCAAUUUUAACCCAUUCUCAUCUAGUACAAAAAUGCAAGAAUCACCCAAACUGCCUCAACAAACGUACAGUUUUGAGCCAGACAUGUGUGAGGACUCUGUUGACCCUUUCAAGUCGUCUUCUAAGAUAGCCAGCUCGCCCUCUAAAUCUCCAGCUUCCUUUGAGAUACCAGCCAGUGCCAAUGAAACAAAUGGAACCGAAGGAGACAACUUGAAUAAACCUGCAAAAAAGAAGAAGACACCAUUAAAAACGAUGGUAGAAGAUGUGAUGUCUGUAUGUUCUCUGUUUGAUACAUUUAGGGUGAAAAAAUCACCAAAAAGAUCCCCACUAUCUGAUCCUCCUUCUCAGGAUCCCACUCCACUGCCAACCCCAGAAACACCUCCCGUCAUAUCCACGGUGGUUCAUGCGACAGAUGAGGAGAAACUGGCGUCUUCAGUGACCAGUCAGAAGUGGACCUGCAUGACUGUGGACCUGAACACGGAUAAGCAGGAUUACCCACAACCCUCUGAUCUGUCUACAUUUGUGAAUGAGACCAAGUUCAGCUCUCCUACAGAGGACUUGGAAUAUGGCAACUCAUAUGAAAUAGAAUAUAUGGAGAAAAUAGGCUCCUCUGUGCCUCAGGAUGAUAGCACCCCGAAGAAACAAUCUUUAUACCUAAUGUUUGAUGCACAGCAGGAGAGCCCAGUCAAAUCACCUCCCAUCAGACUGUCUGAUUCCACAACACCAUGCUCAGGGUCAAGUUUCGAAGACCCUGAAGCCCAGCAAUCCUCUGGAAUGAAAAUACAACAUCCAGCUUCCCGAGUCCUCGCUGCCAGCCAAGAGGCACACUUACAGUCACCUGACAAGUCAAAGCAGAAAGACCUAGAGCCCAUGACCCUAGGAACAACUCCAGACGCUAUUGAAAUAACAUCUCCUGAAGAUUCCUUUGUCUCUGCUGAUGCUCUUCUCAAUAGGAUAUCUAAGAAAACCUCAAUAUGUGAGCAGCCUGAAUAUCUAGAUCCUGACUUAGCAGAAAAGAACCCCCCAGUAUUUGCUCAGAAACUUCAGAGAGAACCUGCUAUCCCAGCAGAUGUUUCCAUCUCUAAGAGUGCGCUGUACUCCCGGAUCAGCACCGCAGAUGCAGAAAGCACCACAGGUCUCCUCUACCCCCAGCAAGACUUAGACUCUGCACUACGACUCGCCAGAGCAGAGAUUGUGGCCAAGGAAAGGGAAGUAUCUGAGUGGAAAGACAAAUAUGAAGAAAGCAGAAGGGAAGUGAUGGAAAUGAGGAAAAUAGUUUCAGAAUAUGAGAAGACGAUUGCUCAGAUGAUAGAGGAUGAACAGAGAGAGAAAUCUGUCUCCCACCACACUGUUCAGCAGCUGAUAGUGGAGAAGGAACAAGCAUUGGCAGAUCUGAACUCAGUGGAGAAGUCACUGGCGGAUCUUUUCAGGAGAUACGAGAAAAUGAAAGAAGUAUUGGAGGGUUUUCGGAAGAAUGAAGAAGUGUUAAAGAAAUGUGCGCAGGAGUAUUUAUCACGAGUGAAGAAGGAAGAGCAGAGGUAUCAAGCACUCAAAAUUCACGCUGAGGAAAAACUGGACAGAGCCAAUGCUGAAAUUGCACAAGUGAGAGGCAAGGCUCAGCAAGAGCAAGCAGCGUACCAGGCCAGCCUUCGUAAAGAGCAGCUCAAAGUGGAUGCGUUGGAAAGAACACUGGAACAAAAGAAUAAAGAGAUAGAAGAAUUAACAAAGAUUUGUGAUGAACUGAUUGCCAAAAUGGGGAAAAGCUAACUUCUAACCAAAUUUCUGGACUUCAAUAUUGAGUGCAAUAUGACCAUUGGCACACUGAUGUCCAUACAUUUAUGUGGACAGGUUAUAUUUUCACUUUUUCGUAUGCACUACUGUAUUUUCUUUCUAAAUAAAGUUGAUUUAAUUGUAUGCAGUACUCAGAUGACUAUCAGAAUUUCUUGCUAUUGUUUGCAUUUUCAUAGUAUAAUUCAUAGCAAGUUGAUCUCAAAGUUCCUGUAUCAGGGAGAUUGUCAAGUUCUCUAAGAAAUUACAAAUUGCUGAUCCUAGCCUUCCCUUUGUACAUGAGUUCCCAUGUUGGAUGUCUUUUGGAUUUAAUAUAAACAUGUAUUACUUGCAUGGGGACUCUUGCCUUAAGGAGCAUAAACUUUAUCUGCAUUUGCUGAUUUGUAAAAUAAAAUUAAAAAUGGAAGAAAAAAAAGGAAAUGCAUGUCACUGAAAUGAAAUUCUCUAUUGUAAAUAAAUUUUUUCGUUGAAAGUUGAAGAUGA